GACCAGACACAAGAACCAGGAGCCAACAGGACCAAGAACCAGGACCAAGAACCAGGACCAAGACUCGAGAAACAUCUGCCAUGGAACAGACACAGGUUCUCCGCUCUCUCCUGCUCCUCCUCUUGCUCCUGCCCCCUCCUGCGCUCUCCUCAAGGGGGCAGUGUGUGGACGAGACCUGCUCCUAUGACCUUCAGGAGUACCACAGUCAGAUGGUGAACCUACCCAGCCACGUCCACGAGCGCAGCAUCGCCCCCUGGAGUUAUGUGCAGAACAUUGACCUGAACCGCGUGCCUCAGGUGAUCCAGGAGGCGAGCUGCCACACGUCACACUCCUGUCGGGCACUAGAGGGCAGCUUCAGUCUGGAGACUAUCCCCAUCACCCUACGAGUGCCCGUCCUGAAGAAGAACCCCGCCUGUUUCCCCGCGACCGGGUACUCCAUGGACUAUGAGCUCAUCACUGUGGCCUGCCUGUGCGCCCUCUCCCGCAACAACUGACCACAGCUGACCACCGGGGGGCGGCAGAGGGGGGAGGGAACAACGCUACAGGGGGCGGGGCAGAAGGACUGAGGGAGGGGUUUACAGUUUGAGUCAGAACCCAAUUUGCGUCACAAUGCGUUCUGCACAUGCUCAGAUGCUUCUAGUGUUGUCACCAAACUAAAGAACGAGAAGGGAAGAGAGAAGGUGAAGAAAUGGAGAGAGACAGGAAGAGAGGAGGAAAGAUGAGAGAAAAGAGAAGAAGGGAGGGAGGAGGAGAGAGAGAGGGCAGGGAUAGUGGGAGAGGAAGGAGGUAAAAGAAUGGGGAAAAAGAGCGAGGCGGGAGGAAGGAGAGAGGAAAUAGGAGGAACAGAGGAAAGAUGAGGAGAGGGGGAGGAAAGAGAGAGGGUGAAGGAAUGCAUGGAGAGAAAAGAGAGAGAGAGUGAAAGGUGACAAGUGAAAGGUGACAAGUGAAAGGUGACAGGAGACCACGGCACAGUUAAGGUUUGGUCGACUGAUGUUUAAAAUGCUUAAAACAGGAAAUUGUAUUUAUUUCAGUUGUGUUCUCUUUUCAUCUCAUUUUAAGACUUAAAGACUUUUCAGAUUUACACUUUUGUUUUCAUUUGCUCACUAUUUUAAAAGCUCCUGUAUCAAACAAACUGACUCCAUGUUCUAACACUGUUCCCUCCUCAAAAACACACCUGGAGUUGCGUUUCGUUUCCUUCACACAUGUUUUAGUAACACUUUAUUAUUAGUCUGUUACAUCUCCAAAGCUCAAAAUGCUCUGUUCCACCUUGUGAUGUCAUGAAGUGGUAUUUUUCAAGUUAACAGCUCCUUUUACCUUUAGUUCAGUAGAGAUUGGCAGUUCCAGGGCUGAAAUGAUCCAAGUGAUUCUAGUGAAGGUGUAAGGAGUUUAAAAACACAGUAGAGCACUUCCUGUAUUACCACAUGAUGACAUCACCAGGUGGAACAGAGUGUUUUCAGUUUGAGAGAAGAACUCAGCCUAAAUAUGCAGGGUUUUGUGUGUUAAACAUGUGAAUGAAACGAAACACAACUCCACGAACAACAUUAGAACAGAGAUCAGAGACCAGUGCAUUAUGGGAGGUUAAACUGGAGGAUGAUUGGUUUUCACAAACGUGGGUUAGGAAUGAGAGAAAGAGAGAACAAGACAAAGAGAACGAGAGAGAGAACAAGAG